AUGCGGAGCUUGCGCGGCGCUCCGCCGCCGCCGGUGCUGCUGCUGCUGCUGGCGCUGCUGCUGGCCGCGGGGCACGGCGCCGUCAUCACCGGGGCCUGCGACCGAGACCAGCAGUGCGGAGGAGGGAUGUGCUGUGCGGUUAGCCUCUGGAUCCGCAGCCUGCGAAUGUGCACGCCGAUGGGAAAUUUGGGAGAGGAGUGCCAUCCUUUGAGUCACCGAGUUCCCUUCUCCGGGCGGCGGAUGCACCACGCCUGCCCGUGUCUCCCCAGCCUGGCCUGCGUACGGACUUCUCCCAGCAAAUUCAAAUGUUUACCAGAUUUCAGAAAAGAAGAUGUCUUUUUUUAG